UGAGGCCCCGGAUGGUAGUGACGUCAUUGAGAGCCAUCUUUUGUCAGAGCCUGGAGAAGAAGCAGCAGCCGCAGCAUCAGAGCCUGAACAGCAGCACCCAGCAAGAUGUCUGCACCACCUGCCGGUCCCCCUGCUGCCCCCGGAGAAGGAGGUCCCGGAGCUCCCCCAGCCCCUCCUAACCUCACCAGUAACAGGAGGCUCCAGCAGACUCAAGCACAGGUGGAUGAGGUGGUGGGUCUCAUGCGUGUGAAUGUAGAUAAGGUUUUGGAAAGAGAUCAGAAGCUGUCCGAGCUGGAUGACCGCGCGGACGCUCUGCAGGCCGGAGCCUCACAAUUUGAGACCAGUGCGGCAAAACUCAAGCGCAAGUACUGGUGGAAGAACCUCAAGAUGAUGAUAAUUAUGGGUGUGAUAUGCGCCAUCAUCCUCAUCAUAAUAAUUGUUUACUUCAGCACCUAAGGACAGCGCGCUCUCCCCGUCUCUCUGUCUCUACUUCUUCCCCUCGCCGGAUCUCUCAUCUACCCCCAGCUGGGACCAGACAAACUUCAACAUUACUCCCCCUCCUGCCUCUCCCCUCAUCCUCUAACACAGGGAAGUGGGGAUCCAAUGUUGUGCAGAUGCUCCCCCUCUCCCUGGCUCCCGUUUGUAAAUACUCACUGACUGGAUUCCCCUCUAACUUAUAUACACACAAAUAUAUAUAUAUAUAUAUUUAAUUUGUCCGUGUGUAGGUUUUUCUGUUACCUUGUUCCCCGUGACGCUGUGUGUCCGUAAUGUUAUUACCUGCAGGGGGAGGGACAAAUACCCCAAAACUGGUCUCAAACCCACAAUACAGUUAAAGAUAAGCCAAAUUGUUGGCAGUGUAAACCUUUAAUCUUUUACAGGGUCACUUAACCCCACCCCUGCUGCUAGACUUUCCCAAUAACACACUGUGUUCCCUCUCCCCGCCUCGUAUGCAUGCUCUCCUGGCUCAGUGGAAUGUUUCGGGUUCCUCUCUCUCCCACUUAUCUGGAGGGAUGAAGUGUGAGGGCUGAGGUAUCCAAUCCCCGCUGUCCCUUUACCCUGCCACUUCCUUAAAUCGGUCCCUCAACUUCCUGUUUAUCGGGUGUGCCAUGUGCUAGCCUUGCAGGAGGCUCGUCAUCCGGCACAUCAUAGAAUAAGCAGUGGGGGGAAGUUGGGUAGCUGAUGAGUGUGUGGGGAGGUUGACUGCAGGAUUAACUGAGAGAACAUUACUGGAGCCACUGACUGUGUGGGUGGGAGGUCCAGUACAAAAAUAGCAGAGGGGCAGGAUGGGAGUGCUGUUUGUGGGUAUGGGGACGAUAUUAGAGGGGCAGGAAAGGAGUGACAGUAAUGUGUAUGUGAGGGGUGUGGGAAGGAAGGCAGUGCAGGAAUAGCAGAGGGGCAAAAUGGAGUGACAGCUGUUUGUGUGUGUGUGUGUGUGAAUGUAUGUGUUUGUAUGCUAAAGGGGAAAAUCAAUAUAGUAAUAGAGGUAAGGGCAGUUAUUCAAGUUGCCCUAAGCUUAUUGCCCCACCACCUUGAGUCACUUUGGAGGGAAGUGGCUCUGUGGGAUGGUGGCAGUUGCUAAGCAAUACCCCACUGGGGUAGCUGGAGGAGGGCAACAUUUGCACCCACCCUCUACUACACAAAGUGUUAAUGAGAGUUUGGUAUUGAGGGUCAUUUAAUAUGUAGCUGCCACCAGCCAGGGCAAUAAGUUACAUAGCUGAGAUAGAACUCCCCCUGCCUCCCGUACAUUCCGUUUUGUUCCUCAUUGCCUGCAGUGUCUCAUUUGGAGGGAGGGGGCUUGCAGCUGGGGCAAUAUGGUAAAUCUCCCCCUCUCUCCUUGUUCUCCCCUUCCCCCUGAUUUCCCCCCUCCCCCUUCCUGUCCCUACAACAUAAAUAUUACAAUAAAUGUUGUUUAACCAAAA